UUUCCGGUUAUUGUAGCAGAGUGUAAGUUCAACGCUACGAAGCGCUAAAACCAAAGUCGGCCAUCAUGGAGCCGUUGGACAUUUUGAUCUCGGUAGUGAUGCUGUGUUUCGGGGUGUAUUUAUUGAUCGACAAGCAAUUCCAGUACUGGACCAAUCGUAAUGUUCCUCAAUCAAAGCCAGAAUUAGUAUAUGGUAAUGUUCGUGAAGUUAGCCGAACGAUUCAUCUAGCGGACAAGUUUCGGGAGAUUUACAACGAGCUGAAGGGAAGACACCCGUUGGUGGGAGUCUAUCUGUUCUUCAAGCCAGUAGCCCUGAUCACUGACCUGGAGCUGUUGAAGUGUGUGUUUGUGAAGGAUUUCCAGUACUUUCACGAUCGGGGUACGUACUACAACGAGAAGCAUGACCCACUAACGGCUCAUCUGUUCAACAUUGAGGGCCAGAAAUGGAAAAACCUACGAAACAAGCUCUCACCAACAUUCACGUCGGGCAAGAUGAAGAUGAUGUUCUCUACGAUCAUUGCGGCUGGAAAGCAAUUUAAGGACUUUAUGGAGGAUACCUUUAAGGAGCAGGUUGACUUUGAACUUAAGGACGUAAUGGCUCGCUUCACGACGGAUGUGAUCGGUAUGUGUGCGUUCGGUAUCGAGUGUAACAGUAUGCGUGAUCCGGACGCAGAGUUCCGUGUGAUGGGAAGGAAAAUCUUUGCCCGUCCGCGGGGUAGAGUAAAGAGUUUGGUGAUCAACUCGCUGCCACGACUUGCCAAGCUGAUUGGAUUGCGUACCCUGGAUCCGGAUGUGUCGGACUUCUUCAUGAAGGCUGUGCGGGAUACGAUCAAGUACCGGGUGGAGAACAAUGUGCAGCGCAACGAUUUUAUGGACAUUCUUAUCCGGAUGCGCAGUGAUAAGGAGACAAAGUCGGACGACGGUACGUUGACAUACAAUGAAAUUGCUGCCCAAGCUUUUGUGUUCUUUUUGGCCGGAUUCGAGACAUCUUCCACCUUGUUAACGUUUACGCUGUACGAGCUGGCGUUGAAUCAGGAGGUGCAAGAAAAAGGAAGACGUUCUGUGAAGGAGGUACUGGAGCGUCAUAACGGAGAACUGACGUAUGACGCUGUCAUGGAGAUGCACUACUUAGACCAGAUUCUGAAAGAGAGCCUUCGAAAGUAUCCACCAGUUCCAGUACAUUUCCGAGUAACAUCCAAGGAGUAUCAAGUGCCCGGUACUAAAACAGUACUCGACGCAGGCACAUCCGUUAUGGUGCCCGUGUACGCAAUACACCGUGAUCCGGAACAUUUCCCCGAUCCGGAACGAUUCGAUCCGGAUCGGUUUACUCCAGAACAGGAAGCGAAUCGUCAUCCAUACGCCUGGACACCGUUUGGCGAAGGUCCGAGAAUUUGUGUGGGACUACGGUUCGGCAUGAUGCAGGCACGGAUCGGUUUGGCCUACUUGCUUACUGGAUUCCGAUUUACACCAAGCUCCAAGACUAUGGUGCCGAUGAAGUUAGAUAUCAAGAGUUUCAUUUUGUCGCCCCAAGGUGGGUUGUGGUUGAAGGUGGAAAAGCUAAGUACAUGAGCAGAUAA